AUGGAGAAGAACAUUAAGUUUCCAGUGGUAGACUUGUCCAAGCUCAAUGGUGAAGAGAGAGACCAAACCAUGGCUUUAAUCAACGAUGCUUGUGAGAAUUGGGGCUUCUUUGAGAUAGUGAACCAUGGGUUACCACAUGACCUAAUGGACAAGGUCGAGAAGAUGACAAAGGAACAUUACAAGAACUCAAUGGAACGAAAGUUCAAUGACAUGCUCAAGGCCAAAGGUUUGGAUAAACUUGAGACAGAAGUUGAAGAUGUUGAUUGGGAAAGCACUUUCUACCUUCGUCAUCUUCCUCAGUCCAACCUCAAUGACAUUCCUGAUAUGUCUGAUGAAUAUAGGACGGCCAUGAAAGACUUUGGGAAGAGAUUGGAAAAUCUUGCAGAGGAUUUGUUGGAUCUAUUGUGUGAGAAUCUAGGUUUAGAGAAAGGGUAUUUGAAGAAAGUGUUUCAUGGAACAAAAGGUCCAACCUUUGGGACAAAAGUGAGCAAUUAUCCAUCUUGUCCUAAACCAGAGAUGAUCAAAGGUCUUAGGGCCCACACUGAUGCAGGAGGCCUCAUCUUGUUGUUUCAAGAUGACAAGGUCAGUGGUCUCCAGCUUCUUAAAGAUGGUGAUUGGGUCGAUGUUCCUCCACUCAACCACUCCAUUGUCAUCAAUCUUGGUGAUCAACUUGAGGUGAUAACCAACGGCAAGUACAAGAGUGUGAGUCACCGUGUGGUGACACAAAAGGAAGGAAACAGAAUGUCGAUUGCGUCCUUCUACAAUCCGGGAAGCGAUGCUGAGAUCUCUCCAGCUUCAUCGCUUGUCGGGAAAGAAUCCGAGUACCCGAGUUUUGUCUUUGAUGACUACAUGAAGCUCUACGCUGGGGUCAAGUUUCAGCCUAAGGAGCCACGGUUCGAGGCGAUGAAGAAUGCUUCUGCAGCUACAGAUUUGAAACCAACUGCAGCCGUUGAGACUUUCUAA